AAAAAAAAAAGUUACUAGACAAAUGAGAAUGUUUCACAAGUACUCUUUUGUUCUUCAACUAUUUUGUGUUCUUUUCAUCUCUAUGCUUCCGCUAAAUGUAACAUCAUCGCCAACAGCUGAAGCCGAAGCUCUUGUGAAAUGGAAGAACAGUUUAGUACCAUCUUCCUCACUCGAGUCGUGGUCAAUAAAGAACGUUGAAAGCCUUUGUGACUGGACUGGCAUUGCCUGCAAUACUGCAGGAACAAUAUCAGUGCUCAAUCUUUCGGGUCGAGGACUCAAUGGAACACUUGCUCAUUUUAAUUUCUCUGCAUUUUUAAAUCUCAGUUUCUUGGACUUGAGCAGCAACUUAUUUUCAGGGAGUGUACCGGGAGAGAUUGGAAGUCUAGAACAACUUCAGCAUUUGAACCUUUUUGAUAACUAUUUUAGUGGGACUAUUCCUUACCAAAUUAGUCAUCUUCAGAAGUUGCAAUAUUUAGACUUGGGAUCAAACAACUUUGUUGAUCCUGAGUGGUCCGCGUUUUUGGACAUGCCAUAUUUGAGACACCUCGGCUUAUGCUACAAUCAACUGGCUUCACAAUUCCCAUCCUUUGUAAGUAGCUCUGUUAACUUAAGUUUUCUUGAUCUGUCGUUGAAUAAGAUGAAAGGGUCUCUACCUCAUUCAGUGUUUACCAAUCUGGCUAAUGUCGAAUUUCUUAACCUUACUGAUAAUUUAUUUGAAGGGCCACUGCCAGGAAAUAUUUUCAAGCUUUCUAAGCUAAAAGCACUUCAUCUCGGAAGGAAUAACUUUUCAGGGUCUAUUCCUGAUGGUAUAGGUCUUUUACAUGAUCUUGUAGUUCUUGAAUUGUAUAACAAUUCAUUUAGGGGACAUAUUCCUUCAUCUAUAGGUCAACUUAGGGAGCUUCAAAAACUUGAUCUCAGUCAAAAUUAUUUGAACUCUAGUAUUCCUCCUGAGAUUGGAAUGUGCACCAAGCUUAAGUUCUUAGCUCUAGCUGUGAAUUCUCUUACUGGGAGUUUGCCUUUGUCUUUCUCGAAUCUUACACAGAUUUCUGAACUUGGCCUAUCAGAUAAUAUUUUAUCCGGUGAGCUCUCACCUCAUAUCGUCAGCAGGUGGACUGAGUUAACAUCACUGCAGGUUCAAAACAAUACCUUCAGUGGUAGUAUUCCUCCUGAAAUUGGCAUGUUAACAAAUCUCAGUUACCUUUUUAUGUAUAAUAAUAAGCUCACAGGAUCAAUUCCUGGAGAGAUUGGGAAGUUAGACAAGCUUCUGAGACUAGAUUUGUCAGGAAACCAUUUAGCCGGCUCAAUCCCAUCAACAAUCGGGAACCUGACCAAAUUGGAAAUCUUGCAUUUGCACACCAAUAAUCUUAGAGGAACUAUUCCACUUGAGACUGGAAACUUAAAACUGCUGACAAUUCUUAAUCUUGCGGAUAACCAGUUGUAUGGAGAGGUGCCAGAAGGACUCUGUAGUGGUUUGGCUCUUGAAAUAUUUGUAUUAAGUGGAAAUAACUUUUCAGGAACUUUGCCUACGUGCCUGAAAAACUGCUCCAAACUAAGUAAAGUUCGUCUAGACAGGAACCAAUUCUCGGGCAAUGUUUCUGAAGCGUUUGGUGUUCAUCCAAAUCUUGACUUCAUGUCUUUGAGUGACAAUAAGUUUACAGGGGAAUUUCCUACAACAAUUUGCAAUUCGGCAUCCCUUGACAUUCUUGAUUUGUCAAGUAACAACUUAAGCGGUGCACUUCCACAUUGUUUGGGAGAAAGUAACAUUAAUCUCUCUAUACUGGAUCUCCACAAGAACCAAUUACAAGGAUCAAUACCUCCAACCUUCACAAAGAGCUGCCGACUGAAGACUUUUAACAUAAACAGCAAUGGCUUUGAGGGGUCGAUACCCCUAGCAUUGGCCAACUGUAAGCAGCUAAAGAUCUUUGAUCUUGGAAAAAACAACAUAAGUGACACAAUUUCCCCAUGGUUAGUUACUCUUCCAGAACUACAAAUUCUUGUCUUACGAUCAAAUAGACUUUAUGGAAAUUUGAGCUUUAGCAACAUAGCACAUCCAUUCCCCAUGUUGCGUAUCAUGGAUCUUUCUCACAAUCAAUUCAGUGGCAACCUACCUACCAAUUUCUUUGACCAUUUUAAAGUUAUGGUGAAUUUAGAUAAACUGGUUGACAUUAAUAUAACAAAGCAGGGGUCAUAUUACGAGGCCUCUGUUUCGUUAAUUGUCAAAGGGCUGGAGGUUGAAGUAAAAAAGAUUCUUAAUAUCUACACAAGUAUUGAUUUAUCAAAUAACAAGUUCAAUGGAGAAGUUCCAGAGAUUUUGGGCGAACUUAAAUCACUCCGGUUGCUCAACCUAUCUCAUAACAGCCUUACAGGAAAUAUCCCAUCCUUGCUGGGAAACAUACUUCAGCUUGAAUCUUUAGAUUUGUCUUCAAACCAACUGACAGGAAGAAUUUCUUGGCAAUUGACUAGUCUGACAUUUCUUUCAACCUUGAACUUUUCUGAAAACAAUCUUUCCGGAGAAAUUCCACAAGGAUGGCAAUUCAACACUUUCAGUAACGACUCGUUCAUGGGUAACUUGGCCUUAUGUGGAGUUCCUCUGACGAAGAAAUGUAAAAAUGAUGAGUCGCCAACACAAGAAGUUGAGAAUGAUAAUCCUCUUGGUGAUGAUGAUAAUUGGUUCGAAUGGGAUGUGAUCCUCAUGGGGUAUGGAUGUGGAUUUGUAGGCGGAUUGUCCACAGGAUACAUUAUUUUCACAACUGAAAAGCCUAGACGGUUUGUGAGGUUCGUCAUAGGAUCUCAGAAUAAGUUGAUCCGAAGAUCAACAAAGAGCAGAAUAAAUUCACCGUUUUAAUGUUAUCUGCUCUGAAUCACGCUAUAUAACAUGUAAAUAUUCGAUAUGCAAACUUGUGCAGUAAUUCGUGUUCUACUUUAUAAUAUGCA